UCCUCGCCUUUUCCCAUUCAUUCCACCGAAGCAACCGCCGCCGCCGCCGGAAACUCCACCGAAGAAGCCAUCCUCUACGACAUUUACCCCUUCAUUAGAGUGUACAAAGACGGCAGAGUACAAAGAUUCAUCGGCCAAGAUUUCUCUCCGCCCUCAACCGAUCCUGCCACCGCCGUCCGCUCCAAAGACGUCGUCUUUUCAACAAACCCCAACCUCUCCGCCAGGCUCUACCUCCCCGCCGCCGCCUUCUCCUCCAACAAGAAAAAACUCCCGCUCCUCAUCUACUUCCACGGCGGCGGGUUCUUCACGGAAUCCGCCUUCUCCCCCACCUACCACCGCCACCUGAACUCCCUCGUCGCCAAAUCCAACAUCGCCGCCGUGUCGGUCAACUACAGGCUCGCCCCGGAGCACCCCCUCCCCGCCGCCUACCAAGACUCAUGGCUGGCGCUCAACUGGACACUCUCCCACUCCGCCGCCGGCGCCGCCGCCGAACCCUGGCUCAACAACCACGCCGACUUCCAACGCGUCUACUUGGGCGGAGACAGCGCCGGCGGCAACAUAGCACACCACAUCUCCACCCGGGUCGGGUCGGAGAACCCAUACCCGAACGUGAAAUUCGGCGGCAUGUUCCUAAACUGCCCUUACUUCCUGGGAAAGAAACCCGUCGGCAACGAACUAUCACCCGAGUACAGCUACGCGGAAACGCUGAUGAAGAAACUGUGGGUCCACGCCUACCCGAACAGCCCGGCGGGUCUGGACGACCCGCUGGUGAACCCGGGUAUGGAUCCGGGUCUGAAGCGGGUCGGGUGCAAACGGGUCCUCGUCUACGUGGCGGGGAACGAUGUGCUGAGAUUUAGGGGUUGGUAUUACAAAGAGAGGUUGGAGAAGAGUUUGUGGGGUGGUGAAGUGAAAGUUGUGGAAGUUGAAGGUGAAAACCAUGUCUUCAAUUUGAUUAACCCCACCACCCCUAAAGCUAUCUCCAUGCUUAAUGUUUUGGCUAAUUUUCUCAAUAAUCAUCAUUGAUUAUUUAAUUGUGAUCAUUAAUUAAUUAAUUUCUUGGUUUUUUCUUGAAGAAAUAAGUUAUUAAUUAUUAUAUAUGUAUGCAAUGAGAUAGGUACAAACUUGGAAUUAUUAUGUACUUGAUGGUGCAAUAUUUGCAUAAAACGUCGCGAAAUCCAUCUGUCGCCGGCGGAUUUUGAGCUGGCGGCGAUGGACAAGAGACGGUGGAAUAAAGAUGAAAGAGAGAGAAUUCAAGAGAAAGUAUCGAGAGUGUGUUCUUGAUUGUAAUUGUGAACGUAACCUUAAUAGGGUUUCGUACAAUUUGUUUUAUAUAGGGAGCCAUUUAUGGAUUUUUUUUUCGUAAUAUAAUUUACAAUCGCUGGC